UGGACAGUGCCAUUGAGUGCACUGGUCUCGGAGGGAGCCAUACUUGGCAUGCGCCAUGUAAGAAACCAUGUGUCGCUCGUUAAGCUUCCGGAAUGCUGGGGUGUCCUAUCUUCACUACUCGAGUACCUUCCCUGUUGCUUUGUUCGGAAACAAGGUUUUCAUACUGUUAGUAGUUGAUGAUGCUCCGUAUCGUUACAAGUUGAUCAAGGCUAGUCGGAAGCUGGGGGUUGAUUGCAGGUCCAAACCGGAAAACCAGCACUUCAUGGAGAUGUUGGAUGAUGAAGGACUGAGUGCGAUAUGAAGCAACAUAUGGGUGGCCACGUCCCGAGAUCUUCGUGAUAAGCUCAUCCGGGCUGAAGAAAUGCACGAUGUUUUUGAGAUCAGUGCAGCCUUCCAUUGAGAGUGUGAAAUUUAGAGCUCUCAGUGAAGGGCUGCACUGAUCUCAAAAGCAUUG